UUAGUUCCCGAAAAUCACUUUUCAUUUCUUCUUCAAUUCUAAUUUCCAACCCUAAGAAUCCAAGAUCGCCGCUCGGCUUCCCAAUCUCCCGCACGGCCUCUCGCGCAAAAUCCCACCAGCGACCGCUCGGCCUCUCUCUCAGAGUUCCACCGCACGGCCUCUCUCUCUCUUCUGGUUCUUUUAGAGAAUUGAAUUAAUCUCAAAAUGAGUCGGCCAAUGGAUGAGGAUGCCACUGCUGGGAAGAAUGAGGAAGAGGAAUUCAACACUGGGCCACUCUCUGUUCUGAUGAUGAGUGUUAAAAACAACACACAGGUGCUAAUUAACUGCCGAAACAACAAGAAGCUUCUAGGUCGGGUGAGGGCCUUUGAUCGGCACUGCAACAUGGUUCUCGAAAAUGUCAGGGAGAUGUGGACUGAGGUACCGAAGACUGGUAAGGGCAAGAAGAAAGCACAUCCUGUCAACAAAGAUAGGUUUAUCAGUAAGAUGUUUCUUCGGGGAGACUCAGUUAUCAUCGUCCUUAGGAACCCUAAGUGAGAGUUGCAGGAUAUCUUAUGAUCAUCUGAAGUUGGACAACUUAUUAUGAUGUGAAUCCAGUUCAUUGUGCGUUAAAAUUUCACUUAGCUGAGGUGUACUUAACAAAAACCAGACGCCAUCUGUUUUUUGUAGGACUAAUUGUUACUUGCUUAAAGUAUUCCUAAUGUUGUUAAUUGCGUGUUUGUUUUGCA